CGCGUGGCUCCGUGCUCCAGAGUGCUUCAGUGUUGCACACCCCCCAGUGCUCCAGAGAGUUUACAGUGUUGCACACCGUGUGUCGGGUCGCGGCGCUCCAGGCUUGGCAGUGUGCUGUGCUGCUCACAGUGCGGGAGUGUGGUGAUGCUGUGAUUGGCUGAGACCAACCCGGGGACAAGAUGGCGGACGGAGCCAGCCUCAAUACGGACAAGGCGCUUCUGUCGCUGGAGAUGAACCAGUGUGGAGUGGUGGUGGCGUCGACGAGCGGGGGCGGCGAUGGGGGCGGCGCGGGGGGCGGCACGGUUUCCAAGAACGCGCUGCCCGAGCGGGGAUCCUGGUCCUCCAAGCUGGACUUCAUCCUGUCCGUGGUGGGCCUCGCCAUCGGCCUGGGCAACGUGUGGCGCUUCCCCUACCUCUGCUACAAGAACGGCGGAGGCGCCUUCCUCAUCCCCUACUUCCUGACCCUCUUCCUGGCCGGCAUCCCCAUGUUCUUCAUGGAGCUCGCCCUCGGCCAGAUGCUCACCAUCGGCGGCCUCGGCGUCUUCAAGAUCGCCCCCAUCUUCAAAGGAAUUGGCUACGCUGCUGCAGUCAUGUCGUGCUGGAUGAACGUGUACUACAUCGUCAUCCUCGCCUGGGCCAUCUUUUACUUCUUCAUGUCCAUGCGUUCCGACGUGCCAUGGAGGACCUGCAACAACUACUGGAACACGUACAAGUGCGUAAACCCGUACGCCCGGAAGAACCUGACCUGCUGGUCGGCCUACAUCAACCAGACGACGCAGCGGGUGUGCAACGUGAACUCCUACAACGUGACGCUCAAGGAGAUGAGCGACCCCGUCAAGGAGUUCUGGGAGAGGCGAGCGCUGCAGAUCUCCCCCGGCGUGGAGCACGUGGGCGGCAUCCGCUGGGAGCUGGCGGGGACCUUGCUGCUCGUCUGGAUCCUGUGCUACUUCUGCAUCUGGAAGGGCGUCAAGUGGACGGGCAAGGUGGUGUACUUCACCGCGCUGUUCCCCUACGUGCUGCUGACGGUCCUCUUGGUGCGCGGAGUCACCCUGCCCGGUGCCUGGGAGGGCAUACGGUUCUACGUCAUGCCCAACCUGUCCAAGCUGCAGGAGUCCGAGGUGUGGAUUGACGCUGUGACUCAGAUCUUCUUCUCGUACGGUUUGGGUCUGGGAACGCUUGUGGCCCUCGGUUCCUACAACAAGUUCACCAACAACGUGUACAAGGACGCCCUGAUCGUGUGCGCCGUCAACUCGUCCACGUCCGUGUUCGCGGGCUUCGUCAUCUUCUCGGUGGUGGGCUUCAUGGCGCACGAGCAGCAGAAGCCCGUGGCCGAGGUGGCGGCGUCGGGCCCGGGGCUGGCCUUCCUGGCCUACCCGUCGGCCGUGCUGCAACUGCCCGGCGCGCCGCUCUGGUCCUGCCUCUUCUUCAUCAUGCUGCUGUUCAUCGGGCUGGACAGCCAGUUCUGCACCAUGGAGGGCUUCAUCACGGCCAUGGUGGACGAGUGGCCGCAGCUGCUGCGCCGUCGCAAGGAGCUCUUCAUCGCCGUGGUGUGCAUCAUCUCCUACCUGGUGGGGCUGACGUGCAUCACCUCGGGCGGCAUGUACGUCUUCCAGAUCCUCGACUCCUACGCCGUGUCCGGCUUCUGCCUGCUCUUCCUCAUCUUCUUCGAGUGCGUGUCCAUCUCCUGGGCCUUCGGCGUGGGCCGCUUCUACGACGGCAUCAAGGACAUGAUUGGCUACUACCCGCUGGGCUGGUGGAAGUUCUGCUGGGUCGUGUCCACACCCUUCAUUUGCAUCAGCGUGUUCAUCUUCAACUUGGUGCAAUGGACCCCAGUCAAGUACCUGGACUACGAGUACCCGUGGUGGUGCCACGCAUUCGGCUGGUUCACGGCGCUCUCCUCCAUGCUCUGCAUUCCCGGCUACAUGGUCUGGUUGUGGCACAAGACCCCAGGAGACUUCCAAACGAAAUUCCGUACCAUUGUCCGAAUAGAUGAUGAUGUAGAAACUCUCAGGGCUAAGAUGCAGGCUGAAGCUAAUGCGGUGCAGUGCUAAACUAGACCCAACUGCAGUCAGGCUGCCAACCAAACACGUAUGUACUUCCCAACAGUGGUACUUCCUACAUCAUAUUACGCAUUUGUUUUUGUCACAGGACGUUCAUGUUUUGUUUUGAACUUCACCUUUGUUUCUGCAUACAAACAAGGUUAUGUGUUGUAAGACAAUGUUUUAGUUUUUUACUUGUAUGAAUAGUUUUUUUUAAUUAUUUAUAAAUUCCUGUAAUUUAUUAAAUAUGUUCUUGUUCUGUUAUAUCUCCAAAUUUCAAGUAGCUGUGUCAUCAAAUGACAAUAAUGAAACUUUUUUUUCAAGGGGUAUGCAAGUACCCCUUGGUGAAGUGCUUCCAAUGUAAUUCAUUAGUGUUUUAAUGAAACCAAAGAACUAUUCAUUUUUUUGGAAAGACUUGUUGACAUUAUUUGUAAAUGAAUGUAUUUUUGAUUCUAUUUACUAUGUCGUGAAAUCUACUCACGAGACUCCUUUGUUCUGCAUGAAAACGUGAGCAAUGAAAGGGGAAUCUUGCUUAUACAUGAACAGCGUUUGAACUUAAAUUUGGGCAGUCACCACAGCUGAGCUGCUGAACUGCCCACUUUGACAUUUUUGUUUUGUUUUUACAUCAUGAGCGAGCUUCAUGAGUAAGGACUUAAGAAGUAAAGGUGUGAGCUUCUAGCCACCAUUUUGUUAAGUGGAGAAUAUUUUCUCCUUUAUUAGUCAUUAGUUUUACCAUUAAGAUUUUGCGUUCUGGAAGGAUAACUUAAAUGUAUAGGAGUGUACAAUCUAGCUCACCAUGAAUCUCAUAAUAUCAUUGAUUUAUUAUAAUUGUAUUGUUAUUGUUUUGUGCAAUGUACAAGCACUCAGUAUUUUUAAGCUGUCUUGCAGCAAAAGUGUAUCACUCAAUCUGUUCUGUAUCAGCUCUAUAUCAAAAUCUUCCACCAACUUUAUAAGUAUUCAAUGUAAUAUUUAUUUUCUAUUUUUUUAUUUUAAGGUGUUUUUGCACAACCAAGACCAUUUUUGUGUUCUAAAUCUAUACCUCAAUCUUCAGGACCCUGGUAUUCUUGAUAUAAUUUUCACAAACGCAGGUGUCACCUGUUAUUUAAAACGGAACAAGGGAAAGAAGGCGCAAAAUUAGGGAUGAGUACCGAUUUAUGCAUAGCAAGUUUUUUUGCUAUAAUUUGACCCCAUCGUGUUUUAUCUUUCCCCUUCAAGUCAAUAUUUUUGAAUAGCCAAAUAUCUUUUAAUACAAAUUAGUGUGGCGUGUUGCCUUCUGAAGCGCACAAAGCUUUUAUUGGUGCUAUGAUCUGUUAGUAGGUGUACUCUCUUCCCUCAUCUCAUGUACAAUCAGUACUAAUUGACCAGAGUAGCAUUCCUUUUGAACUGAGUACAUUGAGAUUUAAUAUUAAGUGUAACACACUCUUCAGUGCUGUUAGUAUUUUUUGUGAAUUUCUUGUAUUUGCAUGAUUAUUACUUGCACUUGUCAUUAAUGUCAAUUUAAUGUGAUUAAUGACAGAUUCUUGGUUUGGCGGAAAUUGUUUAGUCACAUGCAUUAUCGCUAUAAUUGGCAAGGGCCAUGAAAACACUCGUCUUGACAACAAAUGUUAUUGUAUUCUUAGGAGAAAAUAUGGUACGGGGUGUACGAGGGACUUUAUCAUUUUAAUUACUAUGGGAGUAUUCUAGUGACUCCAUAACUUUUCAGCUCUUAUUAAAAUCAAUGUCUUCCAUUUACAUUCUUGAUAUUAGAGAAACGUAGAUCUUCAUAUAUUUAUGCUUUGUGUAUUUGCUAAGUGUAAAGAGGAGAAUUGAAGAAUCGGGAGCUUCCAUUAGAAGCCUUUUUAGGCAUGUUUAUAUUAGCAGACUGUAUCUUGUAGAUAAUUAAGAGGAUCAGUUUAUUGUUGCUACUAGUCACUUGUACAUGAAGCGUGGAAAGGUGGCAUGUUCACUUGCGACAGUGAAACAUUAUUACUAAGACCUCUUUUCAUGCGAGCCAGUACAAUGGGCUGAAGCAAAUUAAAAGUGAUAUAUUCAGAAGAAGAAAAAGAUAAUAAUUUGCAUUUGACACUGUCUCUUCAUAACAUUAAGAGCAAAUCUCUUACUGUUUUCUGGCCUCUCAGGAGGAGCCAAGAUCAAUUGGAGAAGUGUUUCUCACUGAUGUCCUUUUGUCUUCCAAUUACUUGUAUGGCCUCUACUAUGGUCUGAAAAAAUAAAACUAGCCUGCUACCUUGUUUGGAUAGUAAAACUUCAAUUAAUUAAAGUCAUAACUCCUCUUAGAGGGGCAAAAUUUUUGUUGUAUAAACCAGUUUUAAAAUCCCAUUUGAAGUUACUUUUUAUCUCAAAGGGACAUUCAAAUGCCAAUGAUACUCAGAGAAAAAAUACUUUCAAAAGUAUUCAAUUUUUUUUUGUUUAUUCAUCUUAAUAAUAAUUUUCUAAGUAUUAGCACUACUGCUUGCUGUGAAUUUGAGAAAAUAGAUUGUGAUGAAACUUUAGUGAUUUCAUGUCUUCCAGAAAGUAUUACAUAUUAUGUAAGCCUUUUUAACAGGUCUAAAUUUUAUUAGAACAUUAGAAAGCUGCUUUGACACCCCUGAACUAAGUUGCAUGACUGAUAAAUGUAGAACAAUUUGGAUGUUUUUUCUAGAUAAUUUGAUGAAAAAGUCCUAAGAGUUUGCUUUAUUCUUAAAGGGGCUCAUCAGUUGUCUCAGAUACAAGCGUUCAAAGAUAGGAAUUUCAUGAACCAGAUUUUUAUUGCUCUGCCUUGGUACCUUUCCAUGAUUUGAUUUAACCACAUUUAUGUGUGGCCUCAAUGGGCAGUGACAUGUUUGUGUCUCAUUGUAUAAAGAGCUUACUUGCAUUUCAGAGCAAGCCAUUAAGGUCGCACAUAAUACAAAGCCAUCUCUGGCUGUGGUACAUGCCAUAUUCUUGGAGGCGACCGUAGAGAGCACUCCCUUUUCAAAAAAACAGCUUUUUUAACAUAAAACAUGAUUGUAAAGCAUUGUUUGAACUAUUGUCUUCCAAUUGUAGUUGAUCUAUGUAAGUGUUACUGUGUUUUACAUUCCAUUACUGUCUGUAGAUACCUAAAAAAAAACUCAUGUUGUUGUUGUGUACUCUCAUGAUUCAAACAGUAGUUGUAACAAAACUGAGCUCAGGAGAUAAAAGACACCUCAGAAAAAAACGGU